CGUCACGCAGGGUUUAUGAGCGGCUCGCGGGGGUUCCGCUCCAACCAUCCGCAUGUCAGCAUGCAGAGCGCGCGCACGCUGCAGCAGCUCUUGAAGCGGAGCCUUCACCAUCCUCCUCAUCCUCAGCAGCUCUCAGCAGGGAUCAUCGGAGCCCCUUUCUCCAAGGGACAGUCCAGGCAUGGAGUGGAGUCUGGACCGGACCGGAUCCGAGCAGCGGGACUCCUGGACCGGCUGCAGCUGCAGGGCUGUGCAGUGAAGGAUUAUGGGAACCUGACGUUUGAGGACUUUGUGCUGGAUGAGCCGGUCAGGGGAUCUAAACGUGUCCGGGCGGUGGGCAGCGCCAACCAGAGGCUGUCGGAGGCGGUGCAGACAGUGAAGAGGGACGGACACACAGCAGUGGUCCUGGGAGGAGACCACAGUCUGGCCAUUGGCUCCAUCCACGGUCACGCCGCGGCGGCGGGCCCCCUCAGCGUGGUGUGGGUGGACGCCCACGCUGACGUCAACACACCGCUGACCUCGUACACAGGAAACCUCCACGGCCAGCCCAUGUCGUACCUCCUGUACGAGCUUCGGUCGAAGGUUCCUGAGCUACCAAACUUCUCCUGGAUGAAGCCCUGCGUGUCCUCCAGGGACCUGGUCUACGUCGGCCUGAGAGACGUCGAUCCGGCGGAGCACUACAUCCUGAAGCUGCUGGGAGUGAAGGUGUUCUCCAUGUCACAGGUGGACCAGCUGGGCGUGGCCAGGGUCAUGGAGGAGACAUGUGACUACCUGUGGGAAAGAGCAAAGAAACCGAUUCACCUGAGCUUCGACAUCGACGCUAUCGACCCCUCUGUUGCCCCGGCAACAGGAACCCCUGUGGUAGGAGGCCUGAGCUACCGAGAGGGGCUGUUCAUCACAGAGCAGCUCUGUCAGACAGGUCUGCUCUCCGCCGUGGACUUGGUGGAGGUGAACCCUCUGAGGGGGCAAACGGAGGGGCAGGUCCACUCCACGGUCAGCAUGGCGGUCGACAUUCUGCUCGGAUGCUUCGGACGUCUGCGGGAAGGAAACCACCUGCUGGAUUAUUCCCUCCCAGAGCCGUGAGGAGGACUCCACUGUCUGAGGCGUCCCUGAAAGCAUCACGUUGCUAUGAAUCUAACAGCACCGCUGCUGGGAGGCCUUAAAGUACUCAGCUGGAAACUGUCACAGCUAAAUCAGUCACUAAGCUACAGACGAGGAUUAGGGCCACUGGAAAAAUAAAACAAGUUAACAGAUUUUUUAACUUUAUUUCAGUAU